AUGUCUGAUACCGUGGAACAGAGCAAUCAGCCUCCUGCGCGGGCGACUCGGUCCUCUCUUGCCUGCGCAGCUUGUCGCUAUAAGCAUCUACGCUGUGAUGGCAAGAAACCAGCCUGCAGUCGCUGUGUAGUUGAUAGAAAGGAGUGCAUUUACCAUGCGUCAAGGCGCCGGGGAAAUCCGAGGUCAAAACAGUCACAGGAGUCCUCGACCACAACCGUGUCAGACAGUUCCCCACCGCCUACCCUUGACAACCAGACAUAUUUCAAUCUCCCGUCGUCAGCAACGUCACUUGAGACUGAUAUAUCCUCACUAACAUCAAAUUCCGAGUCAGUUUUGCUUGGUCUUUAUUAUGAGUUUUUCCAUGCAGCACACCCGUGUGUCCUGCCUCGUCAAUUCUUAAGUUGCUAUUCCAGUGAGAGCGCAAUCCAACCACUACUCCUGGUCCUCCAUUACAUUGGCUCCUUGUUCGCAACAUCUAUAUCCUCUGAGCUACCACAUCAGGAUGCGCAGAAAGCCUUGGCCAGCAUUCGAAGCGGCAAUCACCCUAUUACCGGGUUUGACGUGCAGGCUGUGCUCCUCUACUCAAUCGCCAUUUACUGGUGCAACGAGCCGGAUCUUGGAGUUGAGUUAUUGGACGAAGCUAUUCACCUUGCCCUAGAGCUUGGGAUGAAUCGACAAGAAUUCGCUCAACAGAAUGCCCAGAAUGACCCCAUUCUAGAAGAAAGUUGGCGCCGGACAUGGUGGCAAAUCUAUAUUACCGAUGCGCACAUCGCCGGAAGUACCCAUAAAUAUCCGUUCCGCACCAAUCAGAUCGAAAUGACCGUCGAUCUUCCUUGUGAAGAGUAUGACUAUGCCUCGGGGAACAUUUCUAGACCCCGAUGUCUUCAAGACUAUGACAAUCGCGAAUUUUUCUCUGAUGACGAAGCGGCGUUCUCAUCAUAUGCAGAGCUCAUUGGACUGACGAGGGGCAUUGACCAUGCUUUGUCACCUGGUGCCUCAGAGGAUGCCCAGGUGUACUCCUCGAUGUGCUCAAACGCUGAUACUAAUGUCACUGCAUGGCAUUCACUUCUUCCUACCUCCAAGCGAACCUUGUUUCAUCCCGACGGCACCGUGGAUGAGGUAAUGUUCAAAGCUGAAUUUAUCAUGCAUACCUAUACCGUCGAAAUCCAUCGACCCAUGUCAUCUUUAGCCUAUAGUCCCAUUGAGUCUGUAGCUCGGUGCGCUCCCAAGGCCCCUUCUGACCGGUUAAAAUGCAGCAAUUCGGCUGAGCGUCAACUACACACCAUGAAAUGUCUUGCAGCCGUUGAAAAACUGGAAUAUCUUCUUACCCUGCCCACAAACAUAGAAGCACAUUCCCCAUUCAUCAUUUGCAUGAUUGCCAAUUCUACAAUCGCGCAUCUUUCUGCUUGUCGCUUCGUGUGGGUAGGGGCAAAGCGUGCACAGUGUCGCGAGAAAAUCCGACUUACUAUGGGUACCUUGAAGCGUCUCAGUGCCCAUUGGAUGUUGGGAAAGAGAACCUACCGGGAAAUCGGUCUUAUUGCUCGGGAAAUACUGGGCUUGGUGAAUAACACACCUGCACCCGAACCCCCAGUAUCUUCCUGGGUCGAAGAAUCACCGGUGGAUCUCAACGCAUUGGGAUUAUUGCCUGGCCUCGACUUUGACUUUUGCGCCUUGUUCGAUUCUAGCGUUCCAAGUGCCAUCGGAGAACCCCUGGCUGAUUUUAUGAAAUUUCCCGCAACACCGAUAUCUUAA